CAUUUUGGUCGUCCAGUUUCGUUCUGAUUGAACACCGGAAGUAAAGGAAGAUGUGUGUCAUUCGUUAUAAAAUGCAUAAAAUUCGAUGUGGAAAACUAUUAACAGUAAACACAAUAUAGUCUUCACAGGGUCAUCAUAUUGUAGCGCUUUUUUUUCUCCAGAAUUUUGUUGGUAAACAUUCACUUGCGUGAAAUGUUAUACAUUAGAUUUAAAAGACUUUUAUUUUAUAAUAGUCGACCAUGUUGAGAUCAUAGACUGGUUGGGAUAUGUACAGAUCAUGCUGCACGGAUCACAAUCUAUAAAUCCGUCAUAUAUUUUGACAAGUUCACUUACUUAAAUCAAUCGAAGAUGAAUUUAAAAACAAUAGGUUAUUUAUAUGUAAAGUUAUUGUGUCCGCGGCACGCUUCCCUGCCAUUAAGGAGCCUCUGUCUAGGUCAUCUACAAAACUCAAGCCAACCACCAAAACAUGAAACGCAAGAACAGAGGUCUGGAUUCAGUCCAGCAGCAACAUCAAAAUAUGACUGGAUCGGACCACCAGACAGACUAUCAAACCUGAGACCAAUUAUAUAUCACAUCCCAGAGAAUGAGACUUCACUGGAAAGAAAGUUACGGCAUCUGAGACAGGAGACAGAAGACUGGAACCAUAAUUUUUGGACUAACCAGAACAUUACAUUUAGUAAGGAAAAGGAAGAAUAUAUACAGUCACAACUGAAUGCAAAAGGGUUGGCAGAGAGAGAUGAAGCAGGAAGGAAAAGGACUUUAAACAGUGAGGAAAUGGCAGUGUUCUACAAAUAUUUCUUAGACAAAAACAUUAAAAGGCAUGCCACUUAUAACAGGGAAUGGUAUAGGCGGAAUUUCACCAUAACACUUUUAAUGGCUAAAGUAGCGGUAGAGAACACAUGGAGGAUGCUGGGUGGACGAAAGAGAGGAACUGGGCGAGAGAAAGCCAAACAUGAAUAAAACUCAAAUAAAGACUGUAAAUCUGUCACCGCAAUUAUUCUUUCUAUGUGGACAUGAUGGAAGCAGUAAAGCUCAUUCAAAACCUGGUACUGUUAUGAAAUCUAAAUACUGAAGGUGCUUAUCUACCUGUACCUUGUCAGUGUGUCAAUAAUGUAUAUAAAUCUGAAUACAUUUUAAGUGUCAAUAAAGAAAUAUCUUACUUUUGA